AUGCCAUCACGGCCCAACAGCAGCCGACCUGGAUGCUGGACGUGCAAAAAGCGCCAUCGCAAGGCUCGUUGUGACGGGUCUCGGCCAACAUGCCACAAAUGUGCUGCAUAUGGCGAAGAAUGCGAAGGGUUCGGAUCGCGGCGGUUGGCGUUUCGUGAUAGUACACCCAAAGUACAGGAGAAGCAUAGGUCUCACCGGCUGACGACAGCAUCAUUCCGCUCCUUCGGCCAGAAUUCCCUCCCCGCAAUAUCCAUGAAGGAUCGGGCGGUGCUCUGUGAAUUCAUCGAAUCGGUUGCUUCGAAGCUCGCUUUGACUGACUCGCACAAUAUCUGGCGCGAUGAUGUCGCUCAGAUGGUAUCAGAUGAGAGCAAUCAUAGGCUCCUAUUGCACGCUAUUCUUGGCGUGACUCUCAUGCAUCGGACGCAUCUCGAGUUUCGGAUAACGCCCGAUGCAGUCAUGCACUACGAUCUCGCAGUGAAGAACCUUCAGCCCGCUCUGGAACCGGCCGACUUGCUCCGAUCCUCACAACUAGAUACAGUUCUGGCCACGUUGUUCUUGCUUGUGUGGUUUGAGAUACUUGCACAAGACUGGGAAAAAUGGAAUGUGCAUCUCGCUGCGCUGGCCAAUUUACUCAACGGCCUGGAUCCUUCACAGAUUGCCCACUCUCGAUUUCGACAAGUUUUGCUCAGUGCUGUCGCAAGGCUCGACGUGCCUAAUACCAUAUGGAGGCUGAAUCCGCCCCUGCUUAACCGGUCACUUUACAAACUGCUGCGAUCCCGAGGUCAACGGAACGCAGAACCCCAAAGUCUCGACGACGCUGCCGUCCGCGCCUUUGAGAGCUUACAUGCGAUCAUGGGACAGUUUGCAGGUAUCUAUGCGGACUGGCUUCGCGGCGUGUUGGCAUGCUCCGAAGUGGCAGCUUCCAUGCUGGGUAUACUGGAGGAUCUCAACCUAUGGCACAGGAGCCUUCCGCGCGACCUGCAAUUGUCUGGCGACAUCAACGCAACCUCAGCGACUCCGAAAACCCCAUUACAAUGUACGCUUCUGGUUCAUUAUCUUUCCUCAAAGCUAUUUGCGCUUUACGUUCUCAAUCCGGACUGCUCAGCCCCGGAUGACACAGCUUAUCCGUUCUGUCACCAGAUCGCACGGAAUAUUUGCACCCUCAUUGAUGGGCUUGGGCCACCGGAAAGGCGCAACUUCACUCGUUUCCGGGGGAGAUGUUGGCAUGAUCCUGCCUCUCUCUAUUGCUAG